GCAUGUGCCAGGAAUCUGGUCCCAGCGAAGAGAGGCGUUCUGCAACGCCAGGGCGUUCCCAGCUGGUGACUGCUGGCUGCUUGGAGCCUGCAAACACCUGGCGUGGUUCUCGGAGGCCCUAGACUUCUGCCACCGACUGGUCGGCUCUGGGGCUGUAGGCAGAGAAGGCUCUGAGCGGUCAGAAGGGUUUCCUGUGUGUCAGCAACUUCACUUAGUCGAGAUAGCUGGCGGAAGAGCGAAGGAGCGCUCGCGGGCCAAUCGCUCGCCAGCAGCGACCUCGGACUGAGUGCGCCCCUCGCCCUCGCCGCCGAUCCCGGUAGCCGCGUCGUGGCAGAGGCUGAGCGCACCCGGCCACUGCAGGGACCUACACUCCAGAAGACGCCUCUGCUUCCCCCCUGCGCCCUGGAGGGUGCGGGCUGGCUGCCGGGCGGGCUUGGCUGAGGCACGCCUCUCGCUUCCCCGCGGAGCGCGGACUUGCUCUGGUGCCCAAACUCCGCCCACCCUCGCGGGGAGCCGAGCUCUGCCGCCUGCCCCCUGCACUCAGGACCGGGCAGGGCCUUGGGAAGAGUCCCUGAGCUGAGCGGACCGCGAAGAGUACGCGAUUCCGAGGCGCACGGGUCUGUCUGUCGCCACGCGCGCUUUUGAUGUUCCCCGCACGCUGAGCGCAGGGUGGGCGCAGGAAGAGCCGAGGAGCCCCGAAGCCGAGCUGUUUGUUUCCAAGGUACGGAGGAGGAAGAUGUCCACAUGAAGUUGCUCUUUCGGGGAAGGAGGCUGGGGAGCGCCUUCCCCAUGCUGGGCGCAGCGGAGCGAGUUUAGCUUGACCUCGCUGCGCCUCCGGCGCGCUCUGCAGCGCGGACCCGCGGCCCUUAGCAAAAGCGCACUCGGAAAGUUAUCGGUGGUGGUGCUCUGCGCGCCCUGUUGUGUAACCGCGCCGCUGCCAGCCGGACGGGGAAGUUGCCGGCCUGCCCAGUUAGGUCGUAGCCCCAGGCGGAUUUCAUGGCCCGCGGCGAACGCGGGGCUGGAGCCGGCGUGGGCGAGUCCCCGCGCGCCCCCUCCCGCGGGGAUCCCCCGCGCCCACUCCCUUCCGCUCGCCGGGUUUUCCGAUGUUCGCUGAGCCCCUUGCCGCCGUCGCCUUCUCGCCGCAGCUUGCCCCUCGGAGCCGCCGCCUAAGUCCGGGAGGAGAGAAUGACCGAGGUGCUGUGGCCGGCUGUCCCCAACGGGACGGACGCUGCCUUCCUGGCUGGCCCGGGCUCGUCCUGGGGCAACAGUACUGUCGCCUCCACUGCCGCGGUCGCUGGCUCCUUCAAAUGCGCCCUGACCAAGACGGGCUUCCAGUUCUACUACCUGCCGGCUGUCUACAUCUUGGUGUUUAUCAUCGGCUUCCUGGGCAACAGCGUGGCCAUCUGGAUGUUCGUCUUCCAUAUGAAGCCCUGGAGCGGCAUCUCGGUGUACAUGUUCAACUUGGCUCUGGCCGACUUCUUGUACGUGCUGACUCUGCCAGCCCUCAUCUUCUACUACUUCAAUAAGACGGACUGGAUCUUCGGGGACGCCAUGUGCAAACUGCAGAGGUUCAUCUUCCAUGUGAACCUCUAUGGCAGCAUCUUGUUCCUGACAUGCAUCAGUGCGCACCGGUACAGCGGCGUGGUGUACCCACUCAAGUCCCUGGGCAGGCUCAAGAAGAAGAACGCGGUCUAUAUCAGCGUGCUGGUGUGGCUCAUUGUGGUGGCUGCGAUCUCUCCUAUCCUCUUCUACUCGGGCACCGGGGUCCGGAAAAAUAAAACCAUCACCUGCUAUGACACCACCUCAGAUGAGUACCUGCGAAGUUAUUUCAUCUACAGCAUGUGCACCACCGUGGCCAUGUUCUGUGUCCCCUUGGUGCUGAUUCUGGGCUGUUAUGGAUUAAUUGUGAGAGCUUUGAUUUACAAAGACCUGGACAACUCUCCUCUGAGGAGAAAAUCAAUUUACCUGGUUAUUAUUGUAUUGACUGUUUUCGGUGUGUCUUACAUCCCUUUCCAUGUGAUGAAAACGAUGAACUUGAGGGCCCGGCUGGAUUUUCAGACCCCAGCAAUGUGUGCUUUCAAUGACAGGGUUUAUGCCACUUAUCAGGUGACAAGAGGUCUAGCAAGUCUCAACAGUUGUGUGGACCCCAUUCUCUAUUUCUUGGCAGGAGAUACUUUCAGAAGGAGACUAUCACGGGCGACCAGGAAAGCUUCCAGAAGAAGUGAGGCAAAUUUGCAAUCCAAGAGUGAAGACAUGACCCUAAAUAUUUUAUCAGAGUUCAAGCAGAAUGGAGAUACAAGCUUGUGAAGGCACAGGAAUCCCCAAACCUCACUUUUGUAACAUGGUCUCAGGAUGCUCUGCCUGGUUUAGGAUAUGUGUUAAGUACAUUGUUUCAGCUUCUAGAGAGCUUUCUUUGGGAGUAUGGAUCCAGUGAGGAGGUACGCAGUUACUAGAAAUGUCCUUUUACUACUUGGUGUGUUUUUUUCAAAGUAUUUCUUCUUUGGCUUCAUACAUGAUGUUGUUGACAUUGAUGACCUGUGAAUGCAUACCAAAUAGUAACAAGAAUGAUCUUGCCAACUCCUUCCAGGCCAAAAGAAGUCUCUGGGAAGAUCUAUGCUAAUGGUGAAAACAUACAGAGGGGCAGGGUGAAGCAAUGAUCUAUGUAGGCUGAAAAGCUAAUUCAUGCCAUAUGAUAAUACCAUAUGAUAAUAAUAAAGGCAGAAAUCUGCUGGCAUUUGGAUAAAAGAAUAGCUAAAAUUAUAGAACUUAUCAAUUAACUUAAUUGCACACAACAAAAAAUAUUUUAAUGCCGAGUUCAAAGUGUUGUAUUGCUUACAAAUUGCCAUCUUUAACUCUUUGAACACCAAUUUGUGUGUACACUAAAAUGAUAAAAAGACAAACUAAGAAGAAAUAUAGCAUGCAAGUCAAGAUUCAGAGUUAAAAACAUGACGUUGCCACUCAGCCAGCUGUGGGACUCUUGACCCUUUCAAGACCGUCACUCAUCAUGGAUUAAAAAUGUUGGAUGACAUCCAUUUGUUGCAGCCUAGGGGAUGCGGGAAAGCAUGAAAAAUAGACAGCAAAGAGUGCGUGAAAUCUGCUACCGUAUUUUCAGGACUCUUUAAUCCAAUCCUUGGCUAAAAAUUCCUACCAGGUUCACUAAUUGUGAUGUCGACCUAUGACCUAUAAAUUGUCUUAAUUUACCGGACAGGACACUAAACUGUCUUUGGAUACUAUAGAUGUCAAUGCUUAUUACAGCUGGAAUUCCACUAGUGACAGUACUUAAAGAUGUGAUACUAGUUAGGAUCUAUUGAAGCUUUAACUUUGCUGGUCAAUUGUAACUAUCAUAACUGUAUUUAUUGAGGGGGCUCACAGUCCUUCAGUUGUACAGAUUGAAAAACUUUCUUGAAAGAUCCAACAAACUGAUGUAAAUUCUAUUUAUUACAAUGUAUAAUAUUAAUAUGUUAAACUGAUGUAUUUUACAUAAUAUAUGAAUGCAUAGAUAAAAUGAGAGUUGUAUAUAACGAUGCUUUUCAAAUAUUAAUAUCUUGAAAUAUUUGUCUUCGAAUGUGUUUUGCCUAAAAUAUGAAAAUGUUUUGUGAUAUGAGUGAUUAGUUUUCCCUAGAAAUACUUUUGCAUGUUUACCUUUUUAUUUUGGGUUCUUUCUUGCAGACACAAUUUCGUGUCAGAAUAUAUUAAUCAAUAGUAAAUAGAAAAUAACUUAGUGAGAUGGGGUCUUUAUUGUCUACAUUUUAUAUAUAUUAUAGAAAGGUUUAUAUUGUCUUUCCAGGAGGUUUAGAAUUUUUCCCCAAAUGCAAAGCUUCUCUUUUCAAAUGCAAAAGCCUUGUCUUAAAUUCAGAGUUGAUCUCUGAUGUUUUAGAAGUCUAGUAGGAUGUGCAUUAUAGAUAUAGCAUUAUAAUUUAAGGAAAAACUUUAGGGAUAUGGGGAGAGGAAAAGGCAGCUGGUACAAUCAGUUACUGCUACUCAGUUUUCCUUAAAUUUUUGCAUUGUGUUUCUUAUUAAGGUCAAAUAGUAUAAUCUUAAUUUUUUUGAGAUGGGGUUUUUAAGUAACACACUACCAGCAAGUUCAACAUUGCUAUUGAUUUCAAUCUGUUUUCUUUGUUCAAUUGAUAUCUUUAAUUAUAAUUUUUUAUAGUGAUAACUAUUUUAUUUGGCUGCUUAAUUCUGUUACAGUUUUUUAUUCUGUUGUAUACUGUAUUAUAGACAUCAUCACAAAUUAAUAUGAAGGUCAAUAUAUGUUACAUAUCAAAAUUUGUGAAUUUGAAUUGUAGUAUGUUUUAGUGCUUUUGCAAAAAAAAUGUUUAUUUUUAUAUUAUCUGUGAUCUUAAUAUAGAUAAUUGAACUAGAUUUUUUUUUUUUUUGAGUAAUAGUGCCAUUGAAUGAGUGGUAUGGAAACAGUGUUACUUGACAUUUUGAGUUUUCUCAGGUUUAUCUAAAUCAGUGGUACCUUAACUAAUCCAGACUAAUUGUGCACAAUUGUGUUUUUAAUAAAAGGAAAGUACAUUUCCUAUAAUAGCAAAGUAUUGUUUGCAUGCUGAGUAUGCAAAAUCUUGUAUGUUUGUGUGUUUGUGUGUGUGUGUCUGUGUCUAAGGCAUGGCAGCCAACUUUGUAUCUGCUAUUUAUAGUACCAGCAGAGCUUCAUAAUUGUGGUCACUAAAAUUGUACUUACCAUUGACAGUUAAAACUGAAAACGACUCAAUAAAACUAUGAAACAUG